GGCAAUAAUUAUCAACUAUUCACAACGAAGUGGCGCAUCAUGCGUGUAAUAAACUCUGAAACUACGCAUGGGUGUUACAAUUGUAUAUUCAUUUUCGGUCGAGUAUAGGUACAAUUGAUUUUAGAAUUCUCAGCCACAUCCCCCGUUAUAAUCCAUAUGCACCCGAUUUCAUAACCCGUUUACCCGCUCAGCUACACUUAGUUUUGUCAAGUUACUCGAUUUCCGGGUGGGUCGGUAGAUAUGUCAACCCCUACCUAAUUCUAAGCUUUAUAUGAGGCGAAAAUUCUAAGCCAGUCUAGUUGACGCUUAAUUCAACUUAUUAUCCAAAAUGCAACAUCGGAACUGCAAGUCUUCGGAAAAGCCCCCUCUUAAGGUCCGUUUUGUUCACAAUUGCCCUCUCUCGACUCUCAAUUUCAUAAUUCUCUAAUUGCAUUGCCCUACGAAUUGUGAAAGACGGCCAAAGGUAUUUCUUUCUUUCUCCCAAGUUGUUAAAAAUACUUUUCUAAGUUGCCUUCCAUAUGUUUGUAGAAUUGUCUAUGAGACAAUGAAGAGAGAAAGGCAUGAACAUAAUAACCACAUUGAAAACGAAGAAGAGAAUAAUAACAACGACAUCAUCAGUGACUUACCUGACUCAGUUUUACUUCACAUAUUGUCGUUUUUGAAAACCAAAGACGCCGUUAAAACUUGCAUACUAUCCACAAGAUGGAAGAAUCUCUGGAAGCAUCUUUCCAUCCUUACAUUAUAUUCCUCACAUUUUAAAACUCUCAGAGAUUUCUUCAAAUUCGUUUCUCGAAUUUUAUUUCUACGUGAUGAUUCAACUGCAAUCCACACUCUCGAUCUUCACCGCCGUGGUAUCAUUGAGCCUCAUCUACUAAAAAAGAUUAUUAAAUACGCAGUUUCGCACAAUGUCCAACAAUUAGAAAUCGAUGUAGGAUGUGAUAUUCAACACUUUCCAACUUGUCUCUUUUCAUGUCAAACUUUAACAUCUCUUCACCUUUAUGUUCGCCAUAGAAUUAGUGGUCAAAGAACAUUGUUUCCAAAUUCUCUAAAUUUGCCGUCAUUAACCAAUUUAUCUUUAGACUCAUUUGCCUUUCCGAUCGAAAAUGACGGCCGUGCCAACCCUUUUUCAGCAAUGAAAAGGUUGAAUAAUUUGAUCAUUGACGAUUGCAUAGUUCUUGAUGCACAAAAACUAUGCAUAUCAAGUGAUAGACUUACCGAUUUAACAAUACAAACAACUUUUGAACGUUGCUUUUGUGAAAUCGAGCUAUCUACUCCAAGUCUCUGUACUUUCGAUUUUAUCGGUAUUCCUUAUCAAAAACUACGCGGGAGCCAUCUUUCUUCUAUUAAACAAGUAAACUUUGAUGCAAAUAUAAUGGAGAAUCCUACAAAGCCUCCUUCAGUUCUACUCAGCUGGUUGCUGGAGCUUACUGGUAUCAAAUCAUUGAGAGUCACUUCAACUACUCUUCAGGUUCUCUCCUUAGUUCCCAAUUUAUUGAAGGUUGAGUUCCCUUCCUUGUGUAACUUGAAGUCACUGAAAGUAAAAAGGAAGGAAAUUUCAUAUGAAUUAUCCAAGUCACUGCUAGAUGCGAACUUUGCAAAGUUGCCUACCGGGGCAUCAUAUACAGACGUUGUCAAGUUAUGGGAAACAUUUAGUGAAGGAUCUUCAUCCAUACCUGAUGGAAUAGUUGAUUUUUUGCUUCAAAACUCACCUUCAGCAGAAGUCGAUAUCAUUAAUUAGAUUCAAAAGUUCUUGCUGCAUCAGUUUUGAAGCUACAUGGAAUAUUGCUGCAGCUAUUCUUGUUUGAGUGAAAAAUAAAUUUUCUGCACAAUUAUAUAUUUGGAGCUGUUAUGCUUGAAAUUUAGUGUACCUUAGACCAUAAAGUUAGUAUAUAAUCUGUUUUGGAAGUGUUGGUAUCAAGUUAGAAGAAUUUAGUCUUUAUGGAAAUGAAACAUAUACAUUAGAUGAUUCCUUAAGCAAAAAGAUUUAUAAGACCAAAUGAAUUCUACAUAAUGGAUUUUAAAAUUAUCAUUUUGCUGUCAUACAACUUAUACAGAGCAAGACUAAGUUGUCUACCAAGUUAUUAUAUCAUCAAACUAAUAGUCUAGCCUAUAUUAAGCUUAUAUAUAAUACACAAAUACCGAAACCAAUUAGAAAGGUCAACUUAAUAUAUGUAAAACUUUCAAACCAUAAUAGAUAUUGAGAUGAAGUUUUCUACUGCAACUUUCUUAUACCAAAGCUGAUAUCCCUACAUAAAUUAUGCUCAUUUAGAGCUCUAGAACUCAUUUUGGAGACCUAGAACCAAAAUCUUGUAUUUACAGGCUUCAACAAAUGGUUUACAAGACCAAAACUAAUGUAGAAAUUUCUCAAACCCUUUACCACCAUUACAUAUUGGUUAAAAUAGACUAUAAUGAAAAUGGAGGGAUCAAACCAAGCAGUAUUAUUUAUAUUUGACCUCUAGGCUCCAAAAUGGAGGGAUAAAACCUAGUAGUAUUUUUUAUAUUUGAUCCUUAGGCUCCAAAAUGAACCAAACUUAAGCUUAAAACAGGUAGAUAGGUGCAACUACUAAACCAACAUGUUUUUUGGAAUGGAACCUUUUCCAACAGCUUUAUAUUGCCAAAUUAAGCUUACAUACAAAAAAUCAAGUCAAUUUAAUGAUUAUAGCACAAAUUGGACCUUAGAAUGCAAAAUACACAUAUAAGGAAUAAAAGGGUUGUUAAAAAUAUAACUAUGAGCAAAAUCCAAUCUAUGAAUUUAACACAAUAUUCUUCUGCUAUAAGGGUGCUCUCUAACAAAAAUUAAGAUUGACAGGACUUUCGAAACCUAUGCUGUAUAAGGGUCCUUUCUAACCAAAAGUUUGAUUGUGCAUCUUGAAUCAUAUCUGGUGAAAAAAACUUUGAUCACAUUGACUAUAUCCAGAAGAAGCCACCUAUUAUUGCCCUCUUGUUGACUCAAACUAAAUAUAUUGUUGAUUUACUAGAGAAGGCUGACAUGACUGGUUGGAAACCCAUUGCAACACCAAUGCCACGAAGCUGUAAAGUCUCUAAAUUUGAAGGCAUACCUAUGAAUGACCCUCAGCUAUAUAGGUCUGUAAUGGGGGAACUCCAUCGCCGACAUUACAUGCCGAGAAAUUGGAUUCAUUGUUAGUAAAGUCUCAAUUUAUGGCCCAACCUUUGGAAGAGAAAUAGAAAUCAAUCAUGUGUGUUCUAAGAUUAAAAGGGAACUUUGAUUGAUAGGGACAGUGAGGAGGGACUGAGCCAAUUGGUGCCUAAUAUGGGAAGUUGGCUCAACGUGUAGAAUGUUUACUAUAGGAAACAGUUCAAGAAGAGAGGGGAUGCUGAGUUGCCAUGGAAUGGAGAGAAUUGACUUAUAUAAAGAAUAAUGGGAGAGAGAAAGAGAGAGGGGCAUGUAAGAAUUCGGUUAGAGAAAAAAGGAAGGACCACGAGGAACCAUAUUGCUGUCACAAAUGGUUCAGCCCUUGUCCAUAUUGCUGAGGUCAAUGAAGGUUGAUGAGAGGAAUAAUUCUUAGAUAUUGUAGAAGAAAAGAAUAAAGAACUAAUACAUAUGGAAUUGGUUUUCCAUGAAAGUGUGCGCGCGCCCGCGCUCAUGUUGAUGUGUGCAUCAUAAAUCCUAUGUAAGGCUAGUUUGAAUUAACUUCAAGCCCAUAGAUGCUUCACAGUUGAUAUAAACUUUAGCUCCUAACUUGUGAAAAUCCUUCGGAGUCAUUGAGCACGUGUGCACCCAAAAUGAAUCAUAUGUGCUUAAAUUUUCCCCACAUAUAUUACAAUCAAUGCUUUCUAAUAAUUGUUCUCAUAAUUUUUGCGUGUGUUCAUUUUAACUUGU